AUGCAACACACAUUUGUGAAAAGAGUGCAAGCUGACGAGUUCAAAAAAGAAAAGGCGUGCGUGAAGGAUGAUCCUGAUAAAGUUGUCAUUCAGGUAGACUUUGCUGAGAAUUUCACCACCAAGAUGCAGAAUGAGAUCCCAUCGGCUUACGGGGACUACAAGCGGGUGACUCUUUUCACAGAUUGUGCAUGGGAGAAGAAUGGAAUCCAUUCCAUGGUAGUUAUGUCAGACUACCUCCAUCAUGACAAAUAUGCAGUCAACAAAUUCCUCAAAACAAUAUUCAAAUGGCUUGACGAGGAGGUCCGUCACUUUGAGAAGAUAGUUAUGUUUUUCAGACGUAAUAGCAAUGUCAGUCAGCUAAUCAAUGUGGGCGAAGACCAGCAAAGCAAUGUGGAUGAAGACCAGCAAAGCAAUGUGGAUGAAGACCAGCAAAGCAAUGGGGACAGAGACCAGCAAAGCAGUGUGGACACAGACCAGCAGAGUAGUGUGGACACAGACCAGCAGAGUAGUGUGGACACAGACCAGCAGAGCAGUGUGGACACAGACCAGCAGAGCAGUGUGGACACAGACCAGCAGAGCAGUGUGGACACAGACCAGCAGAGCAGUGUGGACACAGACCAGCAAAGCUGUGGGGACACAGACCAGCAGAGCAGUGGGGACACAGACCAGCAGAGCAGUGUGGACACAGACCAGCAAACCAGUGGGGACACAGACCAGCAGAGCAGUGUGGACACAGACCAGCAGAGCAGUGUGGACACAGACCAGCAAACCAGUGUGGACACAGACCAGCAGAGCAGUGUGGACACAGACCAGCAAAGCAGUGUGGACACAGACCAGCAAACCAUUUGA